AUGGAAACAAUUCGUUCGGCCAUCCCCGCCGUCAACAAUUCGUUCGGCCAUCAAUUGCGAUUUGCUCCUACUCGUGGAUUUGUAUUACUCUCAGUGUCAGACAACUUGAUAGUGACACCAUUACCUUCUCCGUCGAGUUUUAGUUUCCUAAAAGAACUAAAUGUAUCUCUCAAUGAUAUUGAAGAGAAGGAAGAAACUAUACGCGAGACUGAGGCUCUUGCUUUGUUGAAGGCUUUUUUAACUUCAUCAUCAGCUUUAAAUAAUUGCUUCAAGUCAAGUGGAAAUCAGAAGUUGGACAAAAGGUAUGACAUCAUAUGGCUUGUUGUUUGGAACCAGUUUCCUUGGCAAGCUCUUGACUCACUCGGUGGCCUGCAGCUAAACCCAGGUCACUUUUUCUCCAAAGAACCAAAACUUAUACUUGAAUAUUCGUUUCCUGUGAAUCCCCGACAACCUUCUGAUUAUGCAAUGCCAAUCAAUCCAGUUCUGACUCCCCCUCGAUUUUGUUAUGCUCCUACUGGAAUAUAA